AUGAACUCGAUUCGCUCCAGGGCGUUGCACGCCCUCAGCAGGUCGCUGCCGCGGGCGGCACGCUCGCAGGUCCGACACUUCCACCCGACCAAACCAGCUCCGUGGAUCAACGAAGCUCUCGAUGCCUCCGCCGGGCUUAUUCACGGCGUUCACAAUAUCACCGGCCUGCCAUGGGUCGCCUCGAUCCCCCUCACGGCUCUGAUAGUGCGAACACUGGUCGCAUUGCCGUUACAAAUGUACAGCAAAGUCAACAUACGGCGCGAACGAGACAUUACGCCCCUCAAGCAGGCCUGGGCAAAUUGGGCUGACUCGGCAAGGAAAGGCCUGAAACAAGGGCAAGACUCUACGAAUAAGGUGAAGGAAAUCAACCGCGAAUAUUUCCAGAAGAUCAAGGUUCUACGGAACCGCUGGAAUAUUUCGCGCAUGUCCAGCUUCGCGCCCGUCCUACAAUUACCGGUCUGGAUCCUUCUCAUGGAGAGCAUUCGUGGCAUGUCCGGGAACAAGAGUGGCCUGAUACCAUGGCUACUGUCUUUGAUUGAAGGGAACCAGGAAGCUACCGAUACUGCCGUCAACUCCCUCCAUUUGACAGUUGAGCCUACCUUUGCGAACGAGGGCGCGCUAUGGUUCCCCGAUCUACUUGCGGGUGACUCAACCGGUAUCUUGCCAGCAGCCCUCGCAGCUUCCAUUAUUCUCAAUCUGAAAGCGGGUUGGAAGGCUACACCACGCACUGAGCUGGCUGAUAUGCCCCGAUUACAGAUGUACCGAGCUUUUGUCUCCAACGGUCUGCGCGUCUUCGUUCAGCUCCUGGCGUUGAACGUGGGCCUGUCCGCGUGGUUCUAUGAGAUGCCAACCGCAUUGUUGAUCUACUGGAUCAGUAGCUCUAACAUUGCCUCGCUGCAGACCUACAUCUUGGAAAAGAAGAUGUUUAUGAAGCCGCCAAUGCCGGUUGCCUCGAGACGCUAUGUCGAUUACAGUAAUCCCGAUACUCCGGAUGCGUUCCGUAUGAAACUUCGCUGA